UACCUAGGUGGGAAAAAAAAGGUGAAAAUGAAUAACAUGACUCAAGUCAAAGGUGCUCCAUUGAAGAAGAAAUAUGGCCAUUUCAAUGAAAUGAUGAGCUCACCCUUCCUUGUUCCUAGUGGCUACUACACUUAUUAGUGAACCAUUGACUAGAAAAUCAAAUUGGUCCAUACCCAAAAGAUGCAACAUUUCAUUAACAAAAAAGUAGAUUCCAACCUAAAAUUCCUCCAUUGAUAUCAACUUCAUGCAGCAUUUGACCUCAUUAUUUUGCCACCCAUCAAAAUCCAACUAACCAAUAGUAAACAGAAAAAAGUUCCCAUCAAAAAACAGAAUCCCAAAUCCUAAAUGAAAUCAUACACGAAUCUAUGCUUACCAUGUGUUCGACUAAAUGUAUCAAUGGAGGUCCCACUUUCCACCACCAUUAACAACAUCAUUUUCCACCUCCACCAAUUUUCUCCACCUUUUUACUUAAUCAAAUUAAAAACUCAUUUCAUAUCAAUCUCAUUUCAUCAAACCCAUAUUUUAUUUUUAAGGAAAAUCCCAUCUUUUUUUAACACUUUUUUGAGGGUUUUUUGUUCCCUCUUUUUGGGGCAACAGUAUGCCAACUCCGGUGAGUACAGCCAAACAAUGCCUUAAUUCUGAAGCUUCUCAUGCACUUGAGGAAGCAGUAUUAGUAGCUCGCCGUCGUGGCCAUGCUCAAACGACGUCACUUCAUGCUGUUUCUGCUUUCCUUUCUUUAUCUCCUUCACAAUUGAAGGAAGCUUGUAUUAGGGCCAAAAAUAUUGCAUUUUACCCAAAAAUUCAGCUUAAAGCUUUGGACUUUUGUCUUUCUGUGUCAUUAGAUAGAUUACCCAUUUCACAGAUUUCUGUUGAUGAACCGAAAAUUUCAAAUUCUUUGAUGGCUGCUAUUAAAAGAUCACAAGCUAAUCAAAGGAGACAUCCUGAUAGUUUUAUUAGUGUUGCUAAUCAUCAUUUGGGACAUAAUCAUGGUAAUAAUGAGCAAUUAGAGAGUUCAUCAUCUGGGGUCAAAGUAGAAUUACAAUACUUGAUUGUGUCAAUUCUUGAUGAUCCAAUAGUAAGUAGGGUGUUUUAUGAUGCUGGGUUUAGUAGUUUUGAUGUAAAGUUGGUACUUUUCAGGCCAUUUCAGAGUUAUUAUAGGUACCCACCUAGUGUUUUUGGGGUGGUUUCAGACCCGGGUAAUAGAGGAUUUCGGUUUCCAUUUUCGGGUUUUGGGGAUGAAGAGGGGGAAUACAGGAGAAUUGUGGAGGUUCUUGUUAAGAAAAAGAGGCGGAAUCCUUUGCUUGUUGGUGUUACUGCGAAUGAUGUCCUUAAGGGUUUUGUGGAGGUUUUAGAGAGGAGGAAGGAACUUGGUUUUUUGCCUAUGGAGAUACAUGGAAUUAAUGUAGUUUCUAUUGAGAAAGAUGUAUUGAAGUUUGUAAAUGAAAAUUGGAGUAAAGAGGAUGUGUGUUUGAGGCUUAGGGAUGUUGAUUUGAUGCUACAACAAUGCUUAGGUCCUGGAUUGAUGAUUUGUUUUGGUAAUUUGAGGUGUUUUCUUGGAAGGAAUAAUGGGUUUUUAAUGGAUUUGGUGAAUUUUAUUAUUAGAAAGUUGACUAAGUUAUUGGAAUUUCAUCAUAGUAGAGUAUGGUUUAUUGGUUCAGCUACUAAUGAUCAGAUGUACAUGGAGUUCUUACACAGAUUUCCAUUAAUAGAUAAAGAGUGGGAUUUGCAUCCUUUACCAAUCUCUUCUGUUCAGCCUCCAACAGGAGAAUCAUGCUUCAAGUCCAGCUUGAUGGGAUCAUUUGUUCCACUUGGUGGGUUCUUUUCAUCUCCAGAUGUCAAGGGUUCGUUCAGCAACUCAUACCAGCUGGUUACCCAUUGUAGCAUGUGCAGUCAGGAAGAAAUUGCAUCCGUUUCUAAUAGAGGAUGUGUAGCUUCAGUUGCUGAUAAUCAACAGAUUGCUAUUUCUCCGAGGCUGCAGAUAGCUGAACAUGGAGAUAACAAUACCUUUGAUAAUCUAAAGGCCAAAGGCGGUAAACUGUCGCUAAGUGCGCCAGUAGAAACUUUUCCGAGGAAUCAGGGGAACUUAUGCCAAUGUCGGGGCGCCCAUAUUCAACCGUCGCCCAAACCAAAAGUUCCCGAAAAGUCUUGUUACCUUCGAACCGAUGUAGGCUUCUGCUGUCUUGCAGAAAAGGUAAAAAAUGUUAACACUGACAGCAGCUGUGCUACCACCGGCUCUUGCAAAGAAUAUGCUAAAAUACCCGAAAGUUCUCCUUAUAGUCAUUGCAUUUCAAGUGUAGACGAUCAUCAAACAUCGCCCUCUUUGUUAGUUUCUGUAUCCACCGAUUUGGGACUAGAAUUGUUUCCUCGAGCUUGUAAGCAACAAAAGAAAGUCGACGAGCAUUCUGCUAACAAUUCCGAUGAGCUUUUCAAGGCUUUGUUUGGAAGGAUUGGUCGACAAUGUGAAGCGCUCAGAGUCAUCAGCCAGAUAGUCGCACAUUCCUGGGCCAGUAAUGGAUCACCCCAAAAACCCGGUCAUAGAGGAGAUAUCUGGCUUAAUCUUACCGGGCCUGACAGUUUUGGUAAGAGGAAAGUUGCUUUGAUCUUAGCUAAGGUUUUGUUUGGGAGCAAGAAAAAUAUUGUUCAUGUCGAUUUAUGCUCCGGAGGUUUGCAUACCCGUCAGAAAACAGUCUUUGGUUACGAAAUAGUAUAUGGGUCUGAGGCAAGAUCGCGAGGCAAGACUGUCGUUGAUCACAUUGCUGAAGAGUUACGUAGGACACCGUCCUGCGUUGUUCUCUUAGAAAAUGUCGAUUGUGCCGAUCCGUUGCUUCAACGCAGCUUGUUACGUGCCAUAAAAGAUGGUAAAUAUCCGGACUCAUAUGGGAGGGAAGUUGCGACCAACAAUCGAGUUUUUGUGUUGACGUUGAGAUCAAAGGCGAAUAACCCAUCAAGCUUCCUGGAGGAAAGAAUCGAAAAGGCAAAAGGUUGCCCGCUUCAGAUUGUGGUUAAAGGUGUUCAAAAUUGUAUAUCGAAUAUACCUUGUCAAAUUUUGUUGAACAAAAGGAAGUUAAUUGGUACUGAUGAAAAUACCGAGCGACGUAUUAGUGUUGAUCAUGCGAAACGCCACCAGGGUAAAACUAGUACUCCCCUCGAUUUGAAUCUUCCUGCUGAGACUAGUGAAGACGAAGAUGCAAACUACAGAGAAAUCGAUGGAGGGAAUUUGUCUUGGUUGGACGAAUAUUCAGAUCAAUUAAGUCGAAACAUGGUGAAGUUGGAUUUUGAACCGUUUGAUUAUGAUGCAUUGGCUACAAAAAUAUUGAAAUCGAUCCAUGCAAGUUUUAGGGAAGUAAUUAAGUCGAAAUGUGUGUUAGAAAUUGAGCCGAAAGUUGUUGAUCAGCUGAUUGCAGCUUCUUGCUUAUGUGAACAUGAUAAAGAUGUCGAGGAUUGGAUUGGUCGGGUUCUAAGCAAAGGGUUUGACAAGGCUCAGAAACAGUAUCAGCUGACUGCUCAUUCUACUGUCGUGGUUGCAGCCUGUGAGGCGCCUUAUGUCGAAGAUCAGGUACAAGAGCCUUACCUUCCCUCAAAAAUAGUUUUGAUUUCGAACAACGAUUAGGAAAACCUGAAAAACGACUUUUAUGCAAAAUUGUAUGUAUAGAUUAAAGUUGCUUAGCAUAUAGCUUGUAUAAAAUCUUUCAUAUAUAUGGCUUUGCCUUUUCCUGCGCUAUAUUGUUACUAAUGUAUGAUAGAAGACAGAAGUAUAUGUAAUAUGCAAUAAAGUGUGGUUAAGCUGGA